ACAAAUCAUACCCUACAAGAGUGAAGUUUUGAUUCACUCAAACUAAAACCCUAAAACAAUAAAACUCAGAAGUUCCACCGGCAUUACCUUCGUUGGAGUCGCACCGACCUAAGCUUCGCCGUGAAAAGCAAUAGCUUGCCGGAAAACGCAGCCGGAGUCGGAACUGGGCCAUCAGCACAAGCGAGAAAGUCGUACAUCACCUUCGGGAUUUCCUUAUUUUUCAGCAACUUCAAUUUUCCGGUGAAGUUUGCAGAUUGGCUUUAGUUUAUUCUUUCAUCAUCCUAGAAUUUGAUAAGAUCACUGAUUUUACAGGUUUUUUCUUUUUGUUAAGCAGAGUGGCAUGGAGCAGAGAUUAGCUAAUUGUUGGCGGUUGACAGUUAAUGAAAAGAAAUUCAUCGAAAGCGCUCUGCUAUCAGAGCUUCGAGUGGAUGGUCGUGGCCCCUUGGAUUAUCGCAAGUUAAACAUUAAAUUUGGAAAGGAUGAUGGAUCCGCGGAGGUCCAAUUGGGUGAGACACGUGUGAUGGGUUUUGUGAGUGGUCAACUUGUGCAGCCUUACAGAGAUAGGCCUAAUGAAGGCACACUUUCCAUCUUCACUGAAUUCUCUCCCAUGGCUGAUCCUUCCUUUGAGCCUGGUCGUCCCGGAGAAUCUGCUGUUGAAUUAGGACGCAUUGUAGACCGUGGGUUACGGGAAAGCAGAGCCAUUGACACUGAAUCCCUCUGCAUUCUUUCUUCCAAACUUGUUUGGGCCAUUCGCAUUGAUAUCCAUAUACUGGACAAUGCAGGGAAUCUUGUUGAUGCUGCAAAUAUUGCUGCAUUGGCUUCUUUGAUGACAUUCAGAAGGCCUGAAUGCUCGUUGGGGGGAGAGGAUGGUCAACAAGUUGUAGUGCAUCCUCCUGAGGUGCGCGAGCCACUUCCUUUGAUCAUACAUCAUCUUCCAAUUGCUGUCACUUUUGGGUUUUUCAGUAACGAAAAUCUUGUGGUCUUGGAUCCGACAUACCGUGAAGAGGCUGUAAUGACUGGACGCAUGACUACAACACUUAAUGCAAAUGGUGAUGUUUGUGCCAUUCAAAAGCCUGGGGGGCAGGGAGUCUCUCAACGGGUUAUCAUGCAUUGCUUGAAACUCGCUCAUGUUAAAGCUGGUGAUAUUACAGCCAAGAUAAAGGAUGCAGUUGAAAAGCGUAACACUGAAAGAGCACUACAGAAGAUUAAACGCCAUUCUUCCUCUGUAGCUGUAGAUGUAUGUGGAACCACUGCCAGCAUAGCUACUAAACAUAAACAAUCAGAUGCUGAUAAAGAUGGUAGUCAUCUAGCCCAAUUGAAGCUAAAAGAUGAGGCGAAUUUAAUGGAAUGUGAUGCUACGUCAUCAGAACAAGUACAAAAUAACAAGAAGGAUGGAAGCUCAAAGAGUUUCAUUGGCGGUCCCUCAAGUUGGGAUCCCUACUCAGAGUGUGUCAAUUCAGAUAUUCUAAAAUCUUCUCUAGCUUCCCGUGCAGGACAAUCAACUCCUAGUAAAAAAAAGGAUUCAAGACGGGAGACUAAGCCGGAAGAACCAAUGCAGGAAAUCAAGACAGAUUCUGCAACAAUUGACACGGCUCUAACUGCUGGCCAGAGUAAUGAAGGUAAGACUCUGAAGGACGCUGUCAAGCCCAAAAACAAGAGGAAGAAAAAAGCAUCGGCCAGUAAUGGAAAUUAAGCGAUGAAAUGUGCAGUCAGUUGACACAUUGCUAUUGACCAUGUAAGAAAUUAUGAUCAACCGGGAGGAAUGCUGUAAAAAUUCAAUGGGCAAUGAAAGAUAGUUUGUUUGUUUAUGAAUUUAGGCAUGCCAAAAUCAAUUUUGACUAAAAUCAAUUUUCAUUAAAUGUACUAUACCAGAAAGCACAAAAUAUCAUUUUUGUGGUGAAGAGAAACUUAACCAAACAUAUGUUGUUUGUAACAGGAAGAAAUGAUAUCGUAACUAUUAUUGCA